AUGUUGUUGCGGACCAAAGUUGCCAUUCUGUGCAUCGCGUGUCUCGUCGUCCUCUGGCUGAAUUGGCUCCGAGGCGACGCGCUCGAAAAUACAGAGUCGGGAUACAAGCCGCCCAAGUUGGAUUUGUCCAAGCUCAAUCCCUUGCCCAAGAGGCCCAUCAUUGGGAGCGAUGGCACGAGAUUGGACAGUCGCAAGCCUCGAGCAGCCUUCGUGAUGCUGGCUCGCGAAGUGGAACUGGAUGCGCUACUAAAGACGAUCCGGGAAGUUCAGAUGGCAUUCAAUGGCGAGAAACAUGCGCGGUAUCCGUACAUCCUACUCUCCGAUCCCGGUCUGCCCUUUUCGCCAUGGUUUCGAUCUAAAGUCAAGGCUGUCGCAUCCAGCGCUGGUGUUGAGGCUCGUUUUGCAGAAAUACCAAAGGAGCAUUGGGACAUCCCGAGCUGGAUCGAUCAGACGCGCAUGUAUGAAGGCUUCAAGAAGAUGAAGGCAGGCGGAAUGUUAUACGGCGAUAGUCUGAGCUACCGCAAAAUGUGCAGGUAUCAGUCCGGCUUCUUCUGGCGCCAUCCGAUGCUCGACAACCUCGAUUACUACUGGAGAUUAGAACCUGGCGUCAAAUACCCCUGCGACAUGCGCAGACGAGAUCCCUUCAGGUUUAUGAGAGACAACGGCAAGAAGUACGGCUUUGUGAUCACCAUCAAGGAAAGCCCGGGAACCAUCAAGACACUCUGGGUGAGCUCAACCGCCGCGACAGAGUGGAUCAAUACGCACAAGCAUCUGAUUCCAGCGGACAACUCCUUGCGCUUCGUCGCAAAGCCACACAUGAACGCUUACAACAAGGUGAGCAGAAGCGUCCCGCAUUUCGAGAUCGCAGACCUCUCACUUUGGAGAAGCCAAGCAUACCAGUCCUUCUGGGCCCACCUGGACGCUGCCGGAGGCACAUUCUACGAAAGAUGGGGAGAUGCGCCAGUGCACAGCAUAGCCGCUUCCAUGUUGCUCAAUCGUAAUGAGAUACACUACUUUGAGGAUAUUGGAUACUUCCACAACCCCAUCCAUCACUGUCCCAGAUCUCGCAAGGACGCCGCGAGAUGCGCAUGCGAUCCGCACCAGAGCUUCGACUAUGACAAGUUCGGGAUUUCGUGUCAGCGCGAAUGGGAUGCGCUGCAAGGUAUCAACUCGACCGACGUCAUCUUGCGCAUCAAUGAGGCCGAGGGUAUUCGCGGCUGGGGCGAGUAUGCCGGAGCGCCAGAUGGCUGGGGCCAGGAUGAGGACGUGAAAACGCUUGGCGGCAAGGAGUCGAAGCAAGCUGAGAAAUCCCAGACCGCCCCGGCCGCGGCCGCUGCCGCGGCCGUCCAACCCUGGUCAGGAGGUCUCAAAGGAGAUGUCCGUUUGGACGAUGAAGGCAAACCGAUGAAGGCGAAGCCUUUGCGGCCAUAAAGGAGACGCAAACAACGUCGCUCACGACGAACUUCACUG